CACAUAAUAAUCAUUUAUCAGCAUAAUUAAGCCAUGAUCAGCAUAAUCAAUUAGCUUUCCAAUCAACAUUCAACAUUCUCUCCAGCAUCCACGCAUUGAUUGAGACAACAUCAUGGCCAAAACUGUCGCUGUCAUCGGCACUGGCCCGUCGGGGGCUAUCGCUGUUGAUGCCCUGAUGCAGGAAAAGUCAUUCGAUGUUGUUCGUGUCUUCGAGAGACAGGAGAAAGCGGGGGGUUGUUGGAUUUCUCGACAGAAUGAAAAACAACACCCCCUCGACAUUGAUCAACUAUCUAGUCGAACCGCCGACUCCCCCAUCGCCAUCCCCCCCUCUCUUCCCUGUCACACCCCCGCGCUCUCCGCCAACCGCUUCACUGACUCCCACAUCUACCCAACCCUGCACACAAACGUCGAAGCCUCAGCAAUGGAAUACUCCCAGGAACCCAUCCCGACGGCUCGCUCGGAACAGUCCAUCGCGCUCCACGGUCCGGAUACGCCAUUCCGCCACCACACCGUGAUAAGAGAGUACAUCGAGUCGCUGUUCAAUCGCAACGGAUACCAGGAUCUAGUCGAGUACAACACGACGGUUGAGCGGGCGAUCAAGGACGAAAGCACGGGGAAAUGGACCCUCACGCUGCGUCGCGCCGGCGAGAAACUCGAUUACUGGUGGACGGAGUCGUUUGAUGCGUUGGUUGUCGCGUCGGGCCAUUAUUGGGUGCCGUUUGUGCCCGCCAUUCCGGGGUUGAAGGAGUUCACGGAGCGAUAUCCGGAGAGUGUGGAGCAUGCGAAGCAAUACCGGGGGCCGGAGAAGUAUAAAGGGAAGAAUGUCCUUACAGUCGGCGCCUCCGUCUCAGCAGCCGAUACAGCAGUCAGUUUGAUCGGGUCGGCAAACACCCCCAUCAACGCCGUCGUCCGAGGCAGAUAUAACGUCUAUUUCGGCGAUGAGGCAUUCAAACACCCGCAAAUCCAACGACGACCACCAAUCUCGCAUAUCGAAAGCGACAACGGCGCGCGAACCGUCCACUUCGAAGACGGGACCUCCGUGCCAAACAUCGACCACAUCAUCCUCGGAACAGGAUUCACCUGGACUCUCCCUUUUCUGCCUGAUAUCCCGACCCGGAAUAACCGCGUGCCGGAUCUGUAUCUGCAUGUGUUUCAUCAGCGGGAUCCGAGUUUGGUGUUUCUUGGUGCUGUCGGCGCGGGCCUAACCUUCAAAGUCUUCGAAUGGCAAGCCGUCGCUGCAGCACGCGUGCUAGCCGGGAAAGCCCACCUGCCCUCCCUGACCGAGCAAAAGAAAUGGGAAGCCGAGCGCAUCGCGACCAAAGGCGACGGGCCGGCUUUCACCAUGAUCAACCCCGACUUCGAACCGUAUUUCGAACAGCUGCGCCAUUUGGCUGGGGAACCGGGUGAAGGGGAGCCCGGGCGCAGAUUACCCGUGUUUGAUGGGAAGUGGGUGGAUGAUUUUAAUGCGGGCCAUCAGCGCCGGAUUGAAAUGUGGAAGAGGGCGAAUAGUGUGGGGAGUAAGUUGUGAUUUUCUUUCUUUUCUUCUUGUGUAUUGGACAUAGUAUACAUAUAUAGUGGCAUGGUUGUAUAUAAACAUGAUGAUAUCCAGACAGGCAGAUGAAGUCAUGAACAAAGCAGGACUAGAGACUGCGAUGCAGGGUGUAUAUACCAACAUGAGCAACCCAACAUGCGUGCUCCGAUAACCAUAGAAUCAAAGAGAAGGGGUUGUGCGAGUAGUCGAGAUACCCAUCAUCUCUAGGAAGAGCACAACGAACCAUGGGAUUAAGGCCAUUGUACAAAUAGCAAAAAGCCGC